AUGACUUUUCUGGAGCUCGACGAGAAUGAGGACGACAGUAUAGAUUCGGAACACAGCGAUGACAAACGUGCUUCAAGCUGUUUGCAGUGUGACGGCGACCUCCAGGCCGAUGGCAGUGGAAACCAGAAUCAGGAGCAGGACAGUGAAGACGAUGCCUACACAGUCGGGGAAGAUAGCGAAGACGGAUACCAUACCUUUGCAACACCGAGCUUCUUUGCCACUUCUCCAGAAGUCGAAGCAUUGCAAUCCGCGAUGCAAAGUUACAAGCCUACUCAUGUCGAGUUCGGGAUCAUCGAAGGGUGGCUUAAUGAAUGCAAUCGAAUCACGGUCAAAGAUGCGCUCAAGAGAAUCGACACCAUCGCCCGAUGUCAUAUGCUCAGAUGCACUGAACGCCAUCGCGGGGACCUUGAACACGUUCUCUCGCCACUCUAUCUUGCAUCUGCGGGGCUUACCAACCUGGCUUUCUAA